AUGACAGGUGUUUCCAUUAUUUUGUAUAACCCCCUGUACAUCGGACCACAUUGGUUUAAGGGUUUUGAGAAAUGGUUGUCUCCUCAAGACAGGAUGCCCUCUAAAAAACUGAAAUUUUCCAGUCUGCUUGUCCUUGUCGUUGUAGCGAUAUGCUUCUAUGCAUGGAUGGAUGACCUCAUCAACCCCGGCAGUGUUCCACAUGCUUUACAAAGGUUCAAAUCCUCUAACAAAGCAAAUGAGUCCUUCACCAUGAUCAUGCCUACUUUUGAUCGAACAGAACUUCUCUUUGAUCUGCUUAAACACUACCAGGCAGUACCUUAUCUUAAGCAGAUUAUAAUUGUAUGGCAAAAUAUUGGACAGAAGCCACCGCUGGAGUUAUGGGAGUCUCUUGGCCCCCACCUCGUCCCGAUACUCUUCAAGGAGCAAACCCAGAAUCUGUUGAGAAACCGAUUUCUGCCAUUUCCAGAGAUUGAUACAGAAGCUGUGCUAACGCUGGAUGACGACUUGCAGAUCAGUAUUCCCGACAUAAAUUUCGCCUUCUCUGUUUGGACGCAAUUCCAAGACCAAUUGGUGGGCUUCGUUGCACGCACACAUACUGCCCAUGCCAAAGGUGUCUACACAGUCUCUACGCCUAAAACUGACAGAUACUCCCUGGCUCUGACAGGCGCUUCCUUCUUCCACCGGCGCUACCUGAAGCUCUACCAUGACCAAGACAGCCGACUGCACAUUCUGGUGGAUAGCAUUAAGAACUGUGAGGACAUCGCUAUGAAUUGUGUGGUAUCCUUCUGGCUGCUGCAGCGCUACGGCCCAGACGCCCCACCUGCAGCCGUCCAUGUGAAGCCUGUUGACAUGAAGUGGCUGGAGAUGAAGACCAAGAGAGCAAAGAAAGGGAGAGGGAAUAUUGGACUGUCACGCAGGCCAGGGUUCGUGCAGCAGCGGGGCUACUGUCUGACCGAGUUUGUGAAGAUCUGGAACGGGACAAUGCCCUUGCACUACAACAACAUCACCCUAACCCUAACUGGUAAAAAACAACCGCAGGUCAAAAUGCCAAAUGCCAAAAAAGGCAGGAAAUGA